AUGAUACCGCUCGACGCGUCCCAACCUAUAUAUGAUGUCCCAGAUCCUUCAGGAAUCCCAGAUGCAAACGAAGACAGACCAUUACCUGGGAAAGAAUUGCCUCGUCUGGAUUCCGGAUUCUCCCCUUUAGCAUUUGGGGGCGCUGCUUUCUCCGGUCAUUACCAAUCGGAAGAUCACAUCCGUUCGAGCGAGCCAUUCAGGACACUUCGUCUUGCGUUGCGCUAUGGUAUAACCACGAUCGAUACAUCCACAUACUAUGGCCAGUCUGAGAUCGUCCUGGGUUCGAUCCUCCGUGCUCUCGAACCCGAGUUCCCUCGUUCAUCAUACAAACUUAUGACUAAGUGUGGUCGAUUCGGGGGUAACAAACAAAAUUUCGACUACACGCCCUCCACGCUCCGCAAAUCUGUCCAACGCUCCCUAGAACGGCUCGGGACGACGUACCUCGACGUUCUCUACUUACAUGACGUCGAAUUUGUCGCAGAUCCUAUAUAUCCUGAAGAUCCUACCGGAGAUCCGACACGUGUCAUCGAUGACGACACACUAAGAGCGGUCUGGGGUCUGGACGAGAACAAGAGCCGUGGGGAAGGGGAUGAUAAAAUUGUUGCCGCGUACAGUGAAUUAAGAGACAUGCGUUCUGAAGGACUCGUUCGAGCUAUCGGUAUCACCGGAUACCCACUCCCGACUCUUCUUCGUCUAGCCUGUCUCUUAACCCAAACGUUCUCCGAACCCCUCGACACAUUGAUGUCCUAUUCCCACCACACCCUCUCCUCUCCUACAGCCCUGGCAUCAUACAUUCCUCUCUUUUUCAGUCCUUCCCGUUCGCAUUUCUCCAUCCCACUCGUACGGAAUUUGUUUUGUGCAUCGCCACUUAAUAUGGGAUUCUUCGGCGAUAGGCAGUUGCCUAGUUGGACUUCCGUCUCGAACGGGAUGAAAGCCAUUAGAAAGGAAGUGAUCAAGUUUUUGGAGGAGGAUGAGGACGGGAAGAAGAGGUGGGAAGGUGGAAUAGUUGAUUUGGCUUUGGGAUACGGGUUUAGGAGGGGGACACUGUCGAAGGAAAUUCCAACCGUUAUAGGGUUAAGCACCCUCAACGAGGUACACGAGGCUGUUAGGGUUUGGUGGGAGGUGAACGAGGAUGCCUUUUUCGAACAUCGUCAUGUGGACAAGUUCAAGGCAGCCAGGAGGAAGGAACUGGAGAAGGAGGUGACAUCAAUGUUUGAGAGAGGUGGAUGGUUGAAUUGGAGUUGGGCGAGCCCGCCAUUACUUUAG